AUGGAUAAAAUUGACUUCAACGGCAAAGUCGCAAUUAUAACAGGAGCAAGUUCUGGCAUAGGUGCUGCAACAGCAGUAUUAUUUGCCGGAUUUGGAGCAACACUAACGCUCGUUGGAAGAAACGAACCAAAACUCUUGAAAACCGCUAACGAAUGUGCAAGAAAAAACAACUCGGUUCCUUUAUGGCUUCCAUUAGAUUUAACCCAUCCAGGUAAAUGUGAGACAGUAGUGAAUAAAACUGUAGAAAUGUUUGGCAGGAUUGACAUUCUAGUGAACUGUGCGGGCAAAUUAAUAAUGUCAUCACUUUUCGACGAGUCCAUGGAAAUGUACGAUGACGUCAUGAACAUAAACUGUAGAGUACCAUAUCAUCUUUCACAGUUGGCUCUACCACAUUUGAUUAAAACUAAAGGGAAUAUUGUCAAUAUAGGAUCUUCAAUGUCUAAGCGGUAUAAGCCUGGUCUUUUGCCGUACGUCAUAUCCAAGGCCGCACUAGAAGUGUUUACGAAGCAUGCAGCACCGGAACUGGAGUGCGAAGGUGUCAGGAUUAAUACAAUAAGUCCAGGGCCUACAAGAACGAAUAUAUUACAGAAUGUCAACAUUACAGAAGACAUGAAAGAGCACACGUAUGAAUAUCUGGCGCAGGAUAUGCCUAGCGGUACAGUCUUGGAGCCACAAGAAGUGGCCAUGUUGAUUUGUCUGACUGCAAGCAAUGUAUUUCCCAAUUUAAACGGUUCUGAAUUAUUAAUAGACGGUGCUGCGUGUAUGGCUUAA